GUCUCUCUCUCCUGUCCUCACGGUCUGUACCUCGAUCCUGCUUCCUCUCUCCUCAUUCUCCUGGUUUCUCUUUCUCUGGCCCUUUCAAUAUAUACUGACCCUUUUAUACCCACCCUCACCGCGCCCAGCUGAGGUCGACAGCCAGAGGGAGGGACCAGGCACUCGCGUUCCUCCGUUCCUCCUUUUCUGGGCCCCCACCCACUGCCCCGACAGGCAUCUUCUGGGUCUCCCCCUCCUGCGGUGGAGAUGACACGUCCUUGGAGGAAAGGAAACAGAGCUGGGGCCCUCAGGUGGGGCAAGCAUCACGGGUGGGAGGAUCUGAUUUUCAGGCCUCUGCUCCCGGACCUGUCCCGGGAACCGACAUCUGCUUUGCGGCUUAGGGCUGGAUCCUCAGGGGGAUGUCUGGGCGGGGAGACCAGAUUCCUGCCGCGGGGAGUGGGCUGAGGACUUGUGGGGUUGGCACCCUGGUGAGAAUUGGGAUGGGAAAUAGGGAAGUGUGGAACUCCGGAAGCGGGCAGGAGGUGGAAGUUAAGAACCCAGGGCUACUGUUUCCAGCCUGGGGGACCUUGACCAAUUAUUUCAAGUCUCUGAACCUCAGUUUCCUAAUCGAGAGGUGGGUACACUACUACUUAUACUACUGACAAUAUACUAAUGGCAAUGAUAACAAUUCUGGUACUUAUUCUAGACAAACAAGGCAAUACCAGUACACUAACACAUUUUUUCUUUUCCUCAUCAAACAUUUAUUGAACAUCUAUUAUGGACCAGGAGUUAAUAAUGAAGAAAACAGAUGCGAGCCCUGCUGUUCUUACGGAGUUUACCUUCUAGUUGAGCGAGAGAGAGAAUAACACAUCAGUACAGAAGACAGACUUCAGGUAGUGGUAGGGCUUUGAAGGAAACGAAAGACAGUGACACUGCUAAUGAUGGGAGGCAACUUGAAAAGGGUGAUCCGGUGAGGUUUCUCUAAGGAGAAACCUCAUUCUGAGAUGAGACUGAGCCUUGAAGACAGGAGUCAUUUGAAUGCUGGAGGGAGAGGAAGGACACAGGAUUGGAGAACAAGCUCAAGUUGUUUGGGGAGCAGACAGAAGGGCCAGUGUGGCCAGAAUAUAGGGAACUAGAGGGAGUGGUAGGAAGGGAAUUCAAAGAGAGCCCUUGAAGCCUAGAGGAGGGGUUUGGAUUUUAUUCUAAGGGUAGUGGGAAACCAUUGGAGGCUUUUAAACAGAAGUGCAGUACCAGGGACUUCAUGUUAUUAAUAACUAUUAUUGUUAUCAUUAUUAUUUAUUCUUAGAUUAUUGAAUAAGUGUGGGGCAUGAUUACCACUAUGUACCUGGGUCUCUAUGGAGGGUUGGGUGCUUGGUGAAAAGCAAGGGACAGGGAGCCAGGUGUCUGGGGUCCUGAUGUGGAAUUAAGACCUGGAGGACUGAAAUCUUGGUCCCCACAAGGGAAAGGAACAGGAUGAUGGGAUGGCUGGGUAUCUGAGGGAGCCACAGCGAGAGGGAGGGAGAGUGGUUGGUUAUCUGGGCUCCCUGAGGGGGUGAGGGAGGGGCAGUUCAGUGACUGGGUGGUACUCCUAACCCUAACCUGGAAGCUGUUAUCACUAUGACAUAGACUUUAUUCAUUAUCUGUGAUUUGGGGCAGGUUAUUAAUCUCUCUAUGCCUCAGUUUCUUCAUCGGUAAAAUAGGAAUAAUAAUAGUAAAUACCUAAAGGAGCAGUGCUUAGAGGAGUGCCUGGCAUAGAGAAAGCGCUGUUGUACAUGCACGUUAUACCAGACACUGGGACAUGGGAGAUGAGGUGUCUGAGAUUUGGAGAAGGGACAAAUGCUUGAGUCCAUUGGGUCCCAAGGCUAAGAAGUUGGGAGUACAAAAUGAAGGUCGCUGGGGGUGGGUAAAGUAGUUACAUCUUUGAGAAGGACAGAGACUGGAGGUCUGAACUCAGUUCUCCAAGUAAGUUAGAAAGCCUGGGUCACUGGGGGAAAAACGAGGGACUGGAGAUCGUUAUGUUCUUCAAGGAGGCAAAGGGGCUGGACCUGAGUCCUGGGAGGAGUCUGGGAACCAGGGGCUAUAGAGAUGGAAUUUGAGCGGGGGAGGUGGAGAACAGGAAGCUAGGACUCUGAAUCAAACUCCCUGAGUGGAAUUAGCGACAGGUUGGGGUACUCUGGAGAUGUUCUGGGCAGGGGGUCCCCCAUGCUAGGGCCCUACAGAAGGGGGAGAAUUAGGGUACCCGAGGGCGGUGGUGGAAUCUUCCCCUCCUGGGCCUCCAAAGCCACGAGCUGAGCGCCCGCGGGCCUCUUCCUCCCACAGGAAACCGCAGGCGUUGGGCACACCCAGCCUGCAAGGAGCGGCGCCCACAGACAGCAGGCUCUGCGAAGGCCCACGUGGGCAGCAGGCGGCAGUCAAAGGAGGGGGCGUGCCCUGCGGAGCUCGGGGGCGUGACCGGAAAGCAGGGGCGGCACGGAGCGCCCUAGGCCCCGCCCACUUCCGCCUCUCAGAGCGCGGACAGCUCUGGCAGCUGAGGUUUUGGCAGUCUCUCCCGAGGCCGUUGGCCGCGCAUGCGUAGUGAGCGGCUUCGAGGACUUGAGGCGGUGGUAAGCGCUCCUCUCCCUCACAACUCCUGGCAUCGGCACCGCCUGCCUGCUAAUGAAGCCUCAAAAUAACGUGGUUUUAAUCAGCUUAAUACACGCAUCUCUCGCGCCCCAUCCCGAAGGACUUCGGCACAGUUCCAAAGCCUUCCAGACGUUCCCCUCCCAGCCCUGCCUCCACAGGCUCUUUCAGCUACUGCCUCUCCCUCCUGGAAACACACAGCCUCCCCCUCACAACCCCGUGCUCCCCACACAGAUCAUCUCGGCGGUUAGCCUCAGCACCCCCUACAAGUCUUGGGAACCUGCGUCCUUCCAGCGCCCUCCCGCCAGGUCGCUCACGUGUUCUUCCAGCCACGCCCCUCGCCACCCCCCGAAGCCCCACCCCUCACAGGGCCCGCAGCCCCGCCCUUUACAGGUAUUCUUGUCCCUGCCCUCUCAAAGCUCCGAAGUCCUGCUCUGGACGGUUAUCUGUGUCUCUGCCUUCGUCAGGUCCCGCAGCCCUAGCCCUCUCCAGUCUUGGCAGCUUUGCCCUUCCCUCGCUAGCCCCGAAGCGCCGCGCCUCAGGCUCACACAUUCUCCUCUCCUCAAAGGCCCUUUCAGCCCCGCCCAUCCUAGUCCUCCACAGCUCCGCCCCUCUCCCGGCCUACAGUCCCGCCCUUCACGAGGCUUACAGUUCAGCCCUCCCAGGCCCUCCCAGCCCCGCCCCUCGCGGGACUCCCUCGGCCCCGCCCCUCGUGGUGCUCCCCUAACUCAUCUGUUCUUAGCACCUGACCUCCCUGAAGGCCUCGUCGUGGCCUCCUCGGCCCCUCCUCCCCAGCCUCCCCUCCCACGGCUUUCUUCUGUGGCCUUGGUCCCUCCCCGGCUGCUGUCCUCAGACCUUCAUUGGCCUCUUAUCUCCCCAGUAACCAGACCACAACAGUGAGAUUGGAGUACCCAGGACAGGUCAGGCACUCCAGCAGAAGCCUCACCCUCUUUGGCCAAGAUGCCUUUUGGACUCUCGGCUGGGAGCACUCGCUCCGAGGAUGGAAGUGAGGCCUUCCUGGAGGGAAUGGUGGACUGGGAGCUGAGCCGACUGCAGCGACAAUGCAAAGUGAUGGAAGACGAAAGGCGAGCCUACAGCAAAGAAGUCCAUCAGCGCAUCAACAAGCAGCUUGAGGAGAUCCAGCGCCUGGAGGGGGUGCGACAGAAACUGCGGGUGCAGAUCAGCAUUGCCCAGAGCCAGGUCAGGCGGCUGCGGGACAGCGAGAGGCUGGAGAGCAUGGGCCACCUGCUCAAAUGCCAGGUCCAGGUGCAGGCCGAGGUCAAGGAGCUGCAGGCGCAGAACCAAGCCCUGGACAGACAGAUCCAGGAAUGGGAGAGCCGGAACUCUGCCCACAGCAAGAAUGCCAGGUCUCCAGGAUGCGUCCAGGAUGACAAGGUCAAGAGCCAGCGAAGGAUCAAGAGUCUCGAAAACCAGUUGGACAAGGUCAUCUGUCGCUUUGACAUCCAGCUGGCUCAGAACGCGACCUUGAGGGAGGAGCUAGAUCUCCUGCGGAUCGAGAGGAACCGCUAUCUGAACGUGGACCGCAAGCUCCAGAAGGAGAUCCAGCUCCUGAAGGACUCGGUCAGGACCCUCAUGGUCUCCUCCACUUCCGCCUACACCGUCAGGGAAGAGGCGAAGGCCAAGUUAGGCAUGCUGCGGGAGAGAGCUGAGAAGGAGGUGGCCCAGAACGAGACGGAGGUGCAGAUCUUGCAGCGGCAGAUCGCACACUUGGAGCAGCUGCACCACUUCCUCAAACUCAAGAACGGCGACCGGCAGCCGGAUUCCGCCAUCGUGGAGAAGCGCGAGCAGCGGGCCCGGGAGGUGGCCGAAGGCCUCCGGAAGACCUCCCAGGAGAAACUGGUGCUGCGCUACGAGGACGCCCUGAAUAAACUGUCCCAGAUGACCGGGGAGAGCGACCCGGACUUGCUGGUGGAAAAGUAUCUGGAGUUGGAGGAGCGGAACUUCGCGGAGUUCAACUUCAUCAAUGAGCAGAACUCGGAGCUGGAGCACUUGCAGGAGGAGAUCAAGGAGAUGCAGGAGGCCUUGGUAAGCGGGCGCCGCAGCGAGGAGGACCGGCGAGCGCAGCAGGAGCAGCAGCGGGCCGAGUUGCAGCAGCGCGUGGACGAUGUGCACUCGGAGGCCGACGACCUGGAGGCUCGCUACCACAAUUUUCGCGAGCAGCUGGAGAAGCUCAAGACCAGUGAGCCCCCGCCCCGGCUUCUUCUUCUGGGAGGCUGUGAUGAGCAGGCAGGGAGCCCUGCCGGGGUUGGCCACGGACAGACAUUCCGAGGACCACUUUGUGCAUUCCCUUGUCCCUUGUCUGUCCCAUAUCCAUCCAUCCAUCCUGCAUCCAUCCAUCCGUCCAUCCUGCAGCAGCAUCCAUUCCUCCUUCCAGUGCAGAGGGACAAGAGUCAGGCUGCUGGGAUUCAGCUGGGUCUGAAUCCCAGCUCCCCUAUCUGUGAACUUUGGUGUGUGGUAUCCUCUGUCGGAGCCCCCCCCCACAUCCAGCACCUCUUCACCAGGGCCCAGUGUGACAGCAUCCUCAUCAAUGACCUCCUCGGGGUCAAGACCCACAUGAGAGACCGGGACAUCAGCCUUUUCCUGAGCCUCAUCGAGAAGCGUCUGGUGCAGCUCCUGACCGUGCAGGCCUUCCUGGAAACGCAGAACUACACCUCCACCAGCAUGUUCAGCGCUGCCCUCAUGGUGCUGGGCCAGAGCUCUGAGGAUUUUCCUAAAAAGGUGGCCCCACCUCAGCCGCCAGACAACCUGGAGGACCCCCCAGGUUUUGAGGCCAAAGACGACUAUCCUCUGAGCAAGGAGGAGCUGCUGAGCUCUGUGGUGAAGGCGCUUGAGGCCCGGGAGCCCCCGAAGGAGCAGCACCUGAAGGAGCUGGUCGAGGGCAUCAAGGUGGACAGCACCCCGAGCAUGACCUCCAGCACCCAGAAGGUCAGCUCCAGCUCGCGCCUGGUGACCCAGCGGCCCAGUCAAGUCCCCGGGUCCAUCAUGAGCCACAGGACCAGCGGCAUCCUGGUGUCCAGCGGAGGCCGCGCCACCAGCUCCAACGUGGGCCACGUGACCUUCGGGGACUCCAGCGCCACCACGGGGGGACUGAUGUCCAGUCGAGGCUCCAUCCCGGGCCGCGUGACCUUCCGAUCCCCCAACUCUAGCAGCUACCUGGGGUCCACUGGAUACGUGGGGUCCAGCCACGACAGCUUUGAGGCGAGCAAAGGCCCUGGGUCAGAAUCGAGUGGAGGCCUCGGGUCCAGCCCCGGCCCUGCCUCCAGCCCCGGCCCUGCCUCCAGCACCGGCCAGGCCUCCACCACCAGCAAGGACUCCCAGAGCAACUACUAGGGCACCCAGCCCCAGCCCGCCCCGGCUCCCCCCAGGGCCUUCUCGGGGUCUCUGAUUCCCUUCCCUGUGUUUCUGUAUCUCUUCUAUCAGCCCCUCCCUCAUCAGCCUCCCCGUCUCCCUCUCUGUUUCUGGCCCACCCUUCCCUUUCAGUUGCCGGAUUUCCUGUUUCUGGGUUUCCCAUUCAGUGUGUCCCAGGCUUGUCCUCAUGUCUGCGUUCUCAUCUCUGCUCUGACCUCUCUGAUGACCCCUUCCCCUCCUGUUUCAGCUUCCCCAUUUCUAACUCCCUCUCCUCACCUCCAUCUCCCAGGCCCUCCUUGCAUCUCAUGUCCCAGCCUCUGUAGUUCCUUGUUCCCCUCAAGAGUCCUCAGUACUGACUAGUGGGGGAAGAAUAGGGGCCAAGGUGUCAGGGUUGGCGUGAGCUGUGACCAUAGGAAAUAAAGGCCAGAGUCUGACUUUUA